AGACCGCCAGUUCUGGACCGACAAACACCCAGAUCUGCUGACCUGCGGCCGCUGCCUGCAGACCUUCCCACUGGAGGCCAUCACUGCCUUUAUGGACCACAAGAAGCAGGGCUGUCAGCCCUCCAGAGGCCCCGGCCCCUGCAAGGGCUCAGAACCCAAGGAGCUGGCGAUGUUGAGCUGCCUUCACUGUGGCAGACAGUUCAUGGGGGCCUGGAAGCUGCUACGUCACGCCCAGUGGGACCACGGGCUGUCCAUCUACCAGACAGAGUCAGAGGCCCCUGAGGCCCCGCUGCUGGGCCUGGCCGAGGUGGCUGCAGCCGUGUCUGCUGUGGCAGCUGUGGGACCACCAGCUGAGGCCAAGAGCUCCCGCUUCAGUGGCCCCAGCCGGCGGAGCCCCGUCUGCCUGGUGUGCAAGAAGACCCUCAGCUCCUUCAGCAACCUCAAGGUGCACAUGCGCUCGCAUACAGGUGAGCGGCCCUACGCCUGCGACCAGUGUCCCUACGCCUGCGCCCAGAGCAGCAAGCUCAACCGCCACAAGAAGACCCACCGGCAGCUGCCACCCCAGAGCCCCUGCACGGCCGAUGCCAGCCAGGAGCAGGUCUCCACAGCACCCCCAGAGCCAGCUGCCCAUGCUGCCGCCCCAGCCAGCACCCUCCCCUGCAGUGGUGGUGGUGAGGGUGCUGGAGCUGCAGCCACAGCGGGCAUCCAGGAGCCUGGGGCUCCUGGCAGCGGGGCUCAGGCAGGCCCAGGUGGGGGUGGCUGGGGAGUGGGGGUCAAAGGACAGAGAACUGACCCUUCAGAGAACCAGAAGACCUCACCCAAAAAGAUCCCCAAGGCGACAGGGAAGAGCCGUGGGCCCGGGGGCAGCUGUGAGUUUUGCGGGAAGCACUUUGCCAACAGCAGCAACCUGACUGUCCACCGGCGCUCACACACGGGCGAGCGGCCCUACGCCUGCGACCAGUGUCCCUACGCCUGCACCCAGAGCAGCAAGCUCAACCGCCACCGCCGCAUGCAUGGCCUGGAGCCCGGCAGCACCCGUUUCAAGUGCCCACACUGCUGUGUGCCCUUUGGCCUGCGAGCCACCCUGGACAAACACCUGCGGCAGAAGCACCCCGAGAUGGGCGAAGUGGCCUGAGUGCAAGGCGACUGUCCCUCACAGUGGUCGGUGGUUGCGUUGAUCUCAUCAUCCUUGUGCAAAUAAAUGUU